UGUCCUUCUGCGACGGGUACGCGCGCCAAGUAAGGUGGGAGUCAGCAUGCAAUAAGGCAGCCAGGUAGUCCACUACGCAAGAGCUCUCCCUCCGGACCUCCUCGCUCAACUUUGUCCGCUUUGACGCGAUGGCUGCUGCUGCUGCUGCACUGGGAGAAGUUGGUGGGAUCUUGCACGGCAUCGAUGGUGUCGCGCAGGUUGGCUCCCAUUUCCUCCUGAGCCCACUUAGGGACCGUCCGACGCUUCUCGGGGAGCACUUCAUACCUGGGGACAGACUCUCCCGGAGCACCGCCGCGGAUUUAACCCACCUCAAAGGGAUCCUCAGGAGGAGACAGUUGUACUGCAGGACUGGGUUUCAUCUGGAAAUACUUUCGGAUGGCACAGUGCAGGGGACGAGGAAGGACCACAGUCGUUCUGGUAUUUUGGAAUUCAUAAGCCUUGCUGUAGGGUUGAUAAGCAUUAGAGGUGUGGACAGUGGACUCUAUCUGGGGAUGAACGACAAAGGGGAGCUGUAUGGCUCUGAGAAACUCUCAGCUGAGUGUGUUUUCAAGGAGCAGUUUGAGGAGAACUGGUACAACACAUACUCCUCAAACCUCUACAAACACGGAGACAAAGGGACACGUUAUUUCGUGGCGUUAAACAAAGACGGGACACCAAGGGACGGGACUAAAUCCAGGCGGCACCAGAAAUUUACACACUUCUUGCCCAGGCCUGUGGACCCUGACCGUGUGCCAGAGCUGUACAGGGAUAUCCUGGGUCACAGCUGAGACCCGGAGACCCGGUCCAGUUCAGGAAUAGCUGCUUUAGGCCCUCGCAGGCAGGGAGCAGAGAAGAGACGAGGGACGCAUGCAGGAACGUGGCCCGUGCAGGCUGACAGCGUGCCCGACCUGCAGGGAUGAAGGCACCGGGGCCUCUUGCAGGAAUGCACGGCCAUCUCUCAGCAGCCAGGCAGACGGGCUAGAAUGUCUGCACGCUCGGCAUGAGGGGCUGGUUCUGUCAGACGACCCUAUAAAGUACCUGCGUGGAAUAGGAGAGGAAUGGGAAACGCAGCUGAGCCAUCGGGAAGCAUCUCCUCUGGUCAGAUGGGGAUAUUGGCUGUCCAUGGAAUUCUUUACAACAGUACUUUGAAUUUGGGUGUUGUGUCCAAAAGCUGCAGUUUGUUCAGAAGGACUUUGAAGGAAUUCAGUUGUUGGGAUUUUCUUACCUGUGUCCAGACCUGUUUGAAAAGAUGUUACAAUUUAUUUAUUCAUUUUAAAUACAUAUAUUUAUGUUUUAUAUUUAUUUAUUGAGAAUAUAUUUUUACAGUUAAAUACAUCCAUUAUAUAGAAAAAACACUAGAAAAUGUAUCGAUUAUAUAAAGACUGAGACACUGUACUAUUAUGUCUCUUGCUUUUAAAAAACGGUCAGCUAGAGAUCAACAAAAAUCAAAUAUACUGGAGAAAGAUCUGAAAGAAAUGCAUUUUAUCAAAAUAUGGCAACUGUGAAUUAAUAUCUAAAUAGUUUUUGUUAUAAUGGCCAAUUAGUUGGCACCAAACUACUGUCACUUGUGUUACAGGAAGAAUCUGAAGUCAACAAACUGA